GCGACCCCUUGCCCGCCCUUUCCUCCCCCUGCGGUUCUGCCUUCCCCUAAUCUCUCCCUGGAUCCCUCUGAGGGGAGGCAGGAGCUACUCAGCCGGCCGCCUAACCCUCAGGCCCCAUGGCCCACCUGCGGGCCUGUGAAGUCCGGCAGCUGCUGCACAACAAGUUCGUAGUCGUCAUGGGGGACUCGAUCCAGCGCGCCGUGUACAAGGACCUGGUGCUCCUGCUGCAGAAGGACUGCCUGCUCUCUUCCAGGCAGCUGAAGGCCAAGGGCGAGCUGAGCUUCGAGCGCGACGUGCUGCUGGAGGGCGGCAGGUGGGGCCGCAUGCACAACGGCACGCACUACCGCGAGGUGCGCCAGUUCUGCGCCGGCCACCACCUGGUGCGCUUCUACUUCCUCACACGCGCGUACUCGCAGUAUGUCGAGGACGUUCUGGAAGAGCUGCAGGCUGGCGAGCACACCCCGGACGUGGUGGUCUUGAACUCCUGCCUCUGGGACGUCUCCAGGUACGGCCGCGACUUCCGCAGGAGCUACUGCGGGGACCUGGAGAGCCUGUUCGGGCGCCUGGCGCGGGUGCUGCCCGAGACCUGCCUCCUGGUGUGGAACACGGCCAUGCCGGUGGCGGAGACCGUGUCGGGGGGCUUCCUUCCGCCUGAGCGCUGGCCCAGCCGCGCCCGCCUGCGGCAGGACGUGCUGGAGGCCAACUUCUACAGCGCCGCGGAGGCGGGCAGGCAUGGCUUCGACGUGCUGGACCUACAUUUCCAUUUCCGCCAUGCCGGGCAGCACCGGCAGCGAGACGGCGUGCACUGGGACGAAUGGGCGCACCGACACCUCUCGAUGCUGCUGCUGGCCCACCUGGCGGACGCCUGGGGCGUGGAGCUCCCCUGUCGCGAACCCGUGGGUGGGUGGAACAGGGUUGGCCCAGCCGGCAGACGCGCCGACCCCGCGGGCAGGAGGCUGCCUGGCGAUAGCCGAGGUGACCCGGCCUCGUCCUGGCCGUCCCCCACUCUCCCGUCCAACCGCACCCCUCGUCGGCAACCUUAUGUGCCCUUUCCCCAUUCUGGACCGCCGUUUACGCCCCACCACCAAGACACCUAUUUGCCUUCCGACCGGUCUUUACAGGGCCAGCAAUUCUCCAGCGACACCUUGGCGCGCCAAAUCCCAUAUACCAACGAAGCAAACUGGGUGGUUGGCCGCGACUCGCGGCCCGGCCCCAUCCGCACAGGCUCUGCUCAGCACCACCACGGCAGAGAGUCCGCGCCUUACCCUCCCCGGCGCCCCAGCAGGCCACGCAGACGCGAGCGAAGGCACACACACAGACGGAUCUGAGUGAGCACGCCCAGAGACAAGGCCUCAGUAGCCAGAGGUAGACUUGGGAGAAAGACCUGUGUCUUUCCCAACACAGUCACUAGGCUGCCUGAGCGCCCUCAUUCGGGCGUGGCCUACAGCAACCCUGGUGGGGGAGGUGGGGGCUCUUUAAGCUUCCUGCCCUCACUAGUGAACAUUCACACAUUCCCCUUUGCCAGAGCUUCCACACCACUUCUUGGAAAGGGGGCAAGGACCCAGACCACCAUACCAUUCUCC